GGGGGUGGGGCUGCGCCGGCCUCUUCCCAGCCAGCUUGAAAGGGUUUGCGUAACCGGCCUUGCGGGCCCUUAACGCGCUCCGUUAAAGCGCUCUGUGGGCGGCCUGGCCUCAACUCCCUUAGUCUAGGAGCACGAAGGGAUUUACUCCUAGCUCUCGUCCGUCCCGGGUUCGCUUUUCUUUCCUUCCCGAUGCCUGGCUUUUAGAUCCACUACCGCAGAGUCUGCGGCUGCCAGGAAGCCCAGAUUCGAGUGUCCGGAGAGUAACCGGAAGUGCUAUCCCCAGGCCUAGGGGCGGCGCCGGCGGCUGCAGGGAGAGGGAAGAAUUGAGUGUUGUGAAUAGUACUGGACUAGAGACCUUUUGAAACCAAAAGGAAGAUGUUCUUGAGUCUUUCUUGUUAUGCAUUAUCUGUCCGUUCCAGUAUGAUGUUGAAAAGCAGUGGUGAGAGAGAACAUUCUUACCUUGUUUCUGAUGAAUGCUAUCUUCCUUGAGAAGUCAAAUUCUCAGGAUCAGGAAUGUAUGUUUUCUUCCGUCUGGAUUCUAGGCUUGGAAAUACCAAGUAAGGAAUUAACAUAUAUGAUGCUGGAAACUUGUAGAGGCUCAUGACUGAAAGGCCUGAAACAGAUGUAUCUUCCAAGUUUUUAUCAAGAAAAUGACUGUGAGGGCAAUGAUGGGUCAAGAAGACCAGUGGAAAACUCCCUAGGAGAGAGCCAUAGAAAAUGUACACUUCAGAAGAGAGAUGUAAUCAGAGAACUCAAAAAAGGAAAAUAUAUAAUGUAUGCCCUCAGAAGGGUAAAAAGAUUUUUAUUCAUGUGCAUGAGAUUACUCAAAUAGAUAGUCAUAUAUACCAGUGCCUUGAAUGCAAGCAAAACUUCUGUGAAAACUUAGCUCUUAUUAUGUGUGAGAGAACCCAUACUGGGGAGAAACCUUAUAAAUGUGAUAUGUGUGAGAAAACCUUUGUCCAAAGCUCAGAUCUUAUUUCACACCAGAGGAUCCACAAUUACGAGAAACCUUAUAAAUGUAGCAAAUGUGAGAAGAGCUUUUGGCACCACUUAGCGCUUUCAGGACAUCAGAGAACACACGCAGGUAAAAAAUUCUAUACAUGUGACAUUUGCGGCAAGAAUUUUGGUCAGAGUUCUGAUCUGCUCGUCCACCAGCGAAGCCAUACUGGUGAGAAACCGUAUCUAUGUAGUGAGUGUGACAAAUGCUUCAGUAGAAGUACAAACCUCAUAAGGCACCGAAGAACUCACACAGGUGAGAAACCAUUUAAGUGUCUCGAGUGCGAAAAAGCUUUCAGUGGGAAAUCAGAUCUUAUUAGCCACCAGAGAACUCACACUGGGGAAAGGCCCUACAAAUGUAAUAAGUGUGAGAAAAGUUACCGACACCGUUCAGCCUUCAUUGUACAUAAAAGAGUUCAUACUGGGGAGAAGCCCUAUAAGUGUGGUGCCUGUGAAAAAUGCUUCGGCCAGAAAUCAGACCUUAUCGUACACCAGAGAGUCCACACAGGUGAGAAGCCGUAUAAAUGCCUGGAAUGUAUGAGAAGUUUUACUCGGAGUGCCAACCUAAUUAGGCACCAGGCAACUCACACUCACACUUUUAAAUGCCUUGAGUAUGAGAAAAGUUUUAACUGUAGCUCAGAUCUUAUUGUACAUCAGAGAAUUCACAUGGAAGAGAAACCGCAUCAGUGGUCUACGUGUGAGAGUGGCUUCCUCCUAGGUAUGGACUUUGUUGCCCAACAGAAAAUGAGAACUCAAACAGAGGAACUACACUACAAAUACACUGUAUGUGAUAAAAGCUUCCACCAGAACUCAGCCCUUCUUCAACAUCAGACAGUACACAUUGGUGAAAAACCAUUUAUCUGUAAUGUGAGUGAAAAAGGUCUUGAGCUUAGCCCUCCCCAUGCAUCAGAAGCCUCACAGAUGUCUUGACCAGGCAAGAAGCUGUAAUACCAAUAUUAAAAAUUAUUUACGUAUCAGAGAACUCAUUAAGAUGAAGACAAAUCUCAGACUUUGCUCAGAGCUCAGAAUUCAGUGGGGACCAGAGAGCCUGCAAUUGGAAGUAGGAGAAAUUCUUUGCCCAGAGAGCUGCCCUCACAGAACACCUCAUCCUCACUUCAGAUGCCCAGAGUUUUUGAAAACUUUCUGUCUGAGCUUCAAAUUUGAUCACUCACAAGAGGAUUCAUACAAGUGGGAAACCUUACAAAUGCCCUGAGUGUGAGAGAGCUUUCUAGCAGUGCUCAACUCUCCUCGUUAUAAGAGAAUUCACACCGGAGAACAACUUUUUAAAUGCCUUCAGUGUCAGUCGUGCUGCAGACAGUAUGAACAUCUCAUUGGAUCUCAGAAAACCCACCCUGGGGAGAAGCCCCAGCAAGUGUGAAAAAAGCUUCUAAUAGAACUCUGACUUACUCAUCAGAGAAGCCAUACUGGUGAAAAAUUGUAUAUUUGUCUUAAGUAUGGCAAAAACAUUCAUUGGAGAGCCUUACUUGGGUUUGCAACCCCCAAAAAAACCCAAUCUGAGGAAAGACUACAAGUGUCUGAAUGAAGAGUGCUUGUUAGUGAUCAACUCUUGUGGUACAUCAGGGAACUCACAUAAGUGAAAAAACCCAUACUUACCUUGAGUCUGAAAAAACCUUUGGUAGAAGCUCCUGUCUUAUUGGGCCCCCAAAAACCUGUUCUGCAAUGAGAGAUUUACUUGUGGGUGAGAAUCUAUGUACAUAUUAUGUGUAUGAGAAGAACUGUUCUCAUAGUUAGUUGACUCAUAUGAUAGAGAGGACUUUACAUGAAAUCAGUAUGAAAAUAGUUUUUUAGAUACCCAGAAUCUUGUUCUGGGAGAAGCUAGGGCGGGUCAGAGUAGACCUGAUGGUUAACUCAGGUAAAGAUGCUUUUCUUUUAUCUGAACCACUUAAUGAUUGCUUUACUUUUACUUUUUAAAAAUUUCAGAAAUCCAAUAAAGGAAAGGACUGUAACCUUAUGAUAGAAGGUGUGGCAUGUGUUACUGUUGGGGGAAAGGAGUAUAUUGACUUUGCCUUGGUUGAUAUUUUUAUGCUUGUCUAGGAUGGGACUAGAGUGUUGAUAGUAACAUGGCAGCCUUUUGGUGGCAGUGAAAUGAACUAAGAAGCUAGGGAGUAGCUAUCCUAGAUCAAAACUCUCCCAAUAGUUUUCCCUUUGCAGGACCAAUCUUAUAAAGAGAGAGCAUACUCAGCUUUUUACUUAGUGUCAGUUGAGGCAUACUCUCAAAAGUUUUUUCCCCUAAAAUAUCUUUCAAGUUUUUGCUGGUAUUUGAAAUUUCAAGUUUAGAAAUUCAUUUCUUUUUAACUCAAAGUGCAAAUUUCAUAUAAUGGUUAUGAUGGUUUUAGUGUCCAUAUUUUUGUGACUUCACUUAUCAUCUCUUUUAGCAAUGGAUACCCACAGUCAACUCCUAGUAAAAUGGCUACAGGAAGACUGAAAGAAAAGUUUAAGCCUCAGUAGGCAUAGAGUAAAAAAUCACAUAAUGAUGCAUUAUUAAUAUAAGAGGCUUUUUUUUAUUUUGAGUAUCCUAACUCCAAACCUAGUGUUCUUUUCACUCCAUUAUCCUGCUGUUUAUAGCAAAUCAAGACCCAUAAUGAUACAUCUUUCAUUUAUUUCAGUUCUGCCAAGGAAAGAGAAAAUACCUUGUAAUCCCAGGGAAAGGAUUGCAAUCACCACAUUAUAAGGUAUACAUUUGGCGUGGAAUGCAGAAUUCUAAAUACUAGAAGGGAAAAGUAGUUGGCGGAUUCAUCAGAGGCUUAAGGAUAAGUACAUGUUUCCAAUUUAAAAGUAUAAUUAGGAUUGUCUUUAAUGAUCUCUAGAAAUACUAUAAUUAAUCCAGAGAUCUAUCAGUGGUCACAUGUCAGUUUUUUUUCUUCCCUCAGAUUCAAAGACGUGUAAUACCAAUACCUCAGAUUCCUGUAGUAUUUGGGACUUUGUAGACUAGUGAAUAGAUAUUUUGUUACUAGUCCAAAUCCUCUGAUUUUGGUUUGAUUUGUCCUAGCAGAUCCCUGAGCUUCAGAGAGUAUUGCCAUUUGGAUUCAUGGAGUUGGCGAACUGCUACACUGCUACCUUGUGUAUGACUCUAAGCUUUGAUCCUAAUGACUGGUUGAUGAUCAUGAUAAUAUUAGGACCAGUGAAUAUAGCUUAUAGUGAUAAUAAGGAUUCUAGGGUAUUUUUCUUUCUUUUAGAAAAAGAUCCUGGAAGUUUAUUUGAUCUGACAUGUUUUCGUAAUUUUUAGAAAUAGCUCUUGUACCAUGAAAAAUGCCCAGUAUGAUAAGGCACACAAGAUGUAUUUUUUUCUCUUUGGUGAAAAUCAUGCCUAUCACUAGUAUAUGUUUGACAUUUGUAAUAUACUUAAAAUAGUAUUGGGUGUGAGGCAUGGUGGUGAUGAAAAGUAGUCCUUAUGGCUACUUGUUAGUCAUUAGAGAGAAUAUGGAGAAGGGGUCAAAGUUGGUAUCAUUAACAGGGCAAUGACUUGACCCUCUUUCAACUGAUCUUACUGGUAGUUGUCUCUAGUUUUUAAGUAAAUUAAUGAUGGACCAUCCCUCAAACAGAGAACUUUGGGGGUAUGAAACAAGACUGAGGGCUUUUAACCAUGGGAGAAAAAAGGUUUUGGUAUUAUUCAUAUAGCAUAACCUGAGGUUGGAGAGGACCACUUGGGAGCCUGUAACCAAAACUAGAUGGUAACUUCUGGGAUGGAUGGAGGUUCCCUUGAAGCAGUGCCAACCUAAAUCUACCUCAGGUAAGUAGUUAGAUUAACUUUUUCAAGAUUUCAGACCAAACAAGGCAACUUGUAUUCAGUUGAUGUAUUCCUAUGCUUUAAUGUUUUUGUUUGCCCUUAAUUCUUAAAUAAACAUUUGUUCUGAAAAACUCCA